AUGCUUCUUCCAAUCGCUCUUAUAUUCCCGUUGAUUUCCCUAGUGUCAACUGAUUUUUCCCCGCAUUUCCGGAAAUUUCUACACGAUAGUUAUGGAAUCGCAAUAACCGAUAUGCUGGAGAGAACCGAUUUGGGCAUGGAUGCGUCGUUUGGUGGGAAAGAUAGUAGUGCAGAUGUUCCGAGAAAUCAGGCUGUUAUCAUUGUUCACGGAAUCACUAAUAAGGCUUCCAGAUUUGCGGGCACAGUAGCGUUUCUGAAAUCGAAAGGCUACAAAAACGCAGAAAUCUACGGUACAACAUGGGGAGAUGGUGGACGAAUGCCAGUUGGAUUAGUGGAGAUGAAGUGUAACUAUGUUAAACAAAUUAGAGCCAUAAUAAUUGCAGUGCGAGAGUAUACCGGACAACCGGUUGAUGUCAUCGGGUACUCAAUGGGAGCUCCAUUGGCAAGAAAGGCAAUCCUGGGAGGACAGUGCGUGGACACCAGGGAGAUUUUGGGCGCUCCACUAACCGAAUUGGUGGAUACCUUCUUGUCAGUAGCUGGUGCCAACUACGGAAGUGUCUUGUGUAUUGUACCCGUACCAGUUGGAACUUGUAAUAAACGAAACGGUCUCCACUGUGAUUCGGAAUUCCUCCAAGACAUCAAUAACCAGCAGCGUUACGAAGGCUCCUAUACCUUUUCCAUAUUCUCAACUGCCGAUGAAAAAAUCGGAUUCCGAUCUUGUGGUCGUCCAGUUUCUCCAAUCCGUGGAGGUACUGGAUUUGUAAAACGAGACGGGUUGAAUCAUGAUCAAUUGAUGGAUUCUACACAUCCAUUACAGAGGAAUUUCAUAUUGUAUCAUUCACCAAAAGCUCCUAAACAGCGACUUUUAUAA